UGGUUCCGUACAUUCCAAGACGGGCGGGAGGGUUGGGGGUUGGCGAGCGGUAAGUUGAAGUGCGCAGCCCACCCCAGCUUUCCCCCUGCAGAGGCCGGAAUCACAGUCGCAGACCUGGCCAGCAAUCACCCCCGAGAGUCAGUGUAUCUUGCCAUCCCGCAAGGGGUCCAAUCUGGGCGCGAGGCACCAGCCGGGUCGCCUCCCGUUUCUGGCCGGGCACCUGCGCCGGGGCCGCACAGCCGCCUCAUUCACCGCGCGCCUGCGGCCGGUCGGGCGGCACCAGAGCCCUCCCCUCCCAGGCCUGAGCGCGUGCGCCGCGAAGACACAGCUGAGCCCGGGCCUGGUUUUCCCGAGGGACCUGGUACCCCAGGAUGGAUGUGUCCCCUGAGCUUGUAGGACAUGGCAGGGGGCCGAUGCUGGUCCGCCGGCGGCCUCGGGCACCCCAGGGCCUGCGUGAGACUCUGAAGGCCAGGCUGCGGCGCAGCUGUGUGUGCAGUGUGCAGGGGGCCCGGGCACUGGUGCAGGACGUACUGCCCGCCACAUGCUGGCUGCGCACCUACUGCCCGCGGGAGGACCUGGCAGGCGACGUCCUGUCUGGGCUGGUCAUUGGCAUCAUCCUGGUGCCCCAGGCCAUCGCCUACUCGCUGCUGGCCGGUCUGCAGCCUGUCUAUAGUCUCUACACAUCCUUCUUCGCAAACCUCAUCUAUUUCCUCAUGGGCACCUCACGCCAUGUCUCUGUGGGCAUCUUCAGCCUGCUCUGCCUCAUGGUGGGGCAGGUGGUGGACCGUGAGCUCCUGCUGGCUGGCUUUGACCCUGCCGAGGACGGCUUGGGGCCCAGGGACAACAGCAGUGCCCCCAACGCCUCAGCUGCCACGCUGGCGCUCCGGCUGCAGGACUGCGGGCGGGACUGCUAUGCCAUCCGCGUGGCCACCGCCCUCACACUAGUGGCUGGGAUUUACCAGGUCUUCUUGGGCAUCCUCCGGCUGGGCUUCGUGUCUGCCUACCUCUCACAGCCACUGCUUGACGGCUUUGCCAUGGGGGCCUCGGUGACCAUCCUGACGUCCCAGCUGAAGCACCUGCUGGGCGUGCGGGUCCCACGGCACCAGGGGCCGGGCAUGGUGGUCAGCACGUGGCUGAGCCUGCUGCACAGUGCCGGGCAGGCCAACCUGUGCGACGUGCUCACCAGUGCCAUGUGCCUGGCCGUGCUGCUGGCCGCUAAGGAGCUCUCGGACCGCUGCCGGCACCGUCUGAAGGUGCCCCUGCCCACGGAGCUUCUGGUCAUUGUGGUGGCCACGCUCGUGUCCCACCUCGGGCAGCUCCAUGAGCGCUUUGGCUCCAGUGUGGCUGGCGACAUCCCCACUGGUUUCGUGGCCCCGCGGGUGCCGGACCUGUGGCUGAUGCGGCGCGUGGCGCUGGACGCCGUACCCCUGGCCCUUGUGGGCUCUGCCUUCUCCGUCUCGCUGGCUGAGAUGUUCGCGCGCAGCCACGGCUACUCGGUGCGAGCCAACCAGGAGCUGCUGGCUGUGGGCUGCUGCAAUGUGCUGCCCGCCUUUUUCCACUGCUUUGCUACCAGCGCCGCCCUGGCCAAGAGCCUGGUGAAGACAGCUACCGGCUGCCGCACACAGCUGUCCAGCGUGGUCAGUGCCGCCGUGGUGCUGCUGGUGCUGCUGGUACUGGCACCUCUCUUCAGGGACCUGCAGCGCAGCGUGCUGGCCUGCGUCAUUGUCGUCAGCCUGCGGGGGGCCUUGCACAAGGUGAUGGACGUCCCACAGCUGUGGCGGCUCAGCAGGGCGGACGCGCUGGUCUGGGUGGCCACGGCAGCCACCUGUGUGCUGGUCAGCACCGAGACGGGGCUGCUGGCCGGCGUGCUCCUAUCGCUGCUCAGCCUGGCCGGCCGCACACAGCGCCCCCACGCAGCCCUGCUCGCCCGCAUAGGGGGCUCCAGCUUCUACGAGGACACCGCAGAGUUUGAGGGCCUGGUCCCUGAGCCCGGGGUGCAGGUGUUCCGCUUUGCAGGGCCCCUCUACUAUGCCAACAAGGACUUCUUCCUGCGGUCUCUCUACAGCCUCACGGGGCUGGAUGCAGGCCGCACAGCCAUCAGGAGGAAGGAGGAGGGCCCAGAGGCAGGGGUCAGCGAGGGAGACCCCGUCGAGGGCAAGGGACUAGGCCCGGUGAGCAACACGGCUGCACUGAUGCCCACAGCAGCUGGUUUCCGCACCGUGGUCAUCGACUGUGCCCCACUGUUGUUCCUGGAUGCAGCCGGCCUGGCCACACUGCGGGAUCUGCGCCGAGACUACGGGGCGCUGGGCAUUGACCUGCUCCUGGCCUGCUGCAGCCCCUCGGUGAGGGACGCCCUGCGGAGAGGUGGCUUCCUCCAGGAGGACCAGGGGGACGUGGAUGAGGAGGGGCAGCUGUUUCACAGUGUGCACAAUGCUGUGCAGGCAGCCCGGGCCCGCCACAGGGAGCACGCACCCCCGACUCCACCAUCUAGGAGAGCCAGCGCCUGCCCCUAGGCCCACUUCCUCCCAGAGUCCACACACACGUCCUUCCUCCAAUUACCCAGACUGACCCUCCUGGGAGCCUGUCUCUGCCCUGGAGGGACCAGAGAGCCCCGACUGCGACAGGGGGGACGCCACUGUGAACACAGACAAGGACCCAGAGAUUCCAAGAACCACCCCUGUAGGACAAACGCCACCAUGGUGCGAAGCUAGGCCCUGGUGCUGGGUGGCUGUGGGGCCAGUUUGACACUCAGUGUCGCCAUCUUAUUUGAACAAGGGUCCCGAUGCCAUCAUGUGGCCUUCAAGAAGCCAGAAGGACGUGGUCCCUUAGCCCCCACGGCCCCCGCCCCACCAGGUGAGAGCUGGUAGCUCUGGCUGAGUGUGAGGGUCUCUCUGCCUCUGGAAGCUGCCCCCCCCCACACCCAAGUGUUCCUUACACCUCGGUGCCUAGGCCCCUGCUGGGUCGCGCAUGACAAAGGGGGCAUGGCCAACACAACCUUGGCUCACCCUCAGGCACCGACGCCCUGCAGAGACCAACCCGCAAGUACCCAGCACAGGCCACCUGCUGCCCACUCACUGGAGCUGGGUCCAGCCUCAGUGCCAGGGCGGCGGAGCACCAGCCUGACCCUGAACCUCCAGGUGACCUCCAGCUGUGCCUGCUCCUGGGGCUGCCCCAGCAGCCAGGGCCUCCUCCAGCCAGGGAGCACAUCUUCCCUCCUGCCCUCCCCACAGGACGCUUUGCUGAGAAGUGUAGGGGCCAUGGCUCCUCAGAGCAGGACUUCCCCCGCCCCGCCCCUCGUGCCGCCACCACUGUACUGCACUGUCCUCCACAGUGGACACAGCCUCCUGUCAGCCUGUCUUCAGCUCCAUAAAGUGGGCUCUGCCGCCCCCCCCCCCAGGCUACCUACACCCUCCAUCACCCACC